AUGUAUUUACCACAUCAUUUAGAACCAACUAUUAAACAACUUGAAGAAGAUUUUGCCAUUAGUGAUGAAUUUUUAAUUAAAGCUAGUGAUUUUUUUUUACAAUCUAUGGAUGAAGGUUUAAAAGCACCGGAACAAUCAAGAGAACACAUGCCAAUGAUUCCGACUUAUGUUACUGCAAUUCCAACUGGUAAAGAAAAAGGUUUAUAUUUAGCUGCUGAUUUAGGGGGUACAAAUUUUAGAGUUUGUUCAGUUGAUUUAAAAGGUGAUCAUACUCAUGAAUUAAUACAAAAUAAAUAUAGAAUUCCACAAGAAUUAAUGAAAGCAAGUUCUGCAGAUAAAUUGUUUAGUUAUUUAGCACAAAAAAUUGAAUCGUUUUUGGAUGAACAUCACACUGAAGCAAAAGAAAAAUCUACUCAACCUUUGAAAUUAGGUUUUACAUUUAGUUUCCCAGUAAAUCAAACAAAUUUAGAUGAAGGUACUUUAAUUAGAUGGACUAAAGGUUUUGAUAUUCCAGAUGCUGUUGAUAGAGAUAUUGUUGAUUUAUUACAAGCAAAUUUGACUGUUUUAGAAAUUAAUGUUAAAGUUGUUGCAUUGGCAAAUGAUACUGUUGGUACUUUAUUAAGUGGAGCUUAUCAAAAUAAUCCAGCUGAAACAAAUGCAAAUACUAUAGUUGGUGCUAUUUUUGGUACUGGUACUAAUGGUGCAUAUUUUGAGACUCUUGAAAAUAUUCCAAAAUUAAAAAAUCCACCACCGGGUGCAAAAGGUAUGGUUAUAAAUACUGAAUGGGGUUCAUUUGAUAAUACUUUAAAAAUUUUACCACGUACGAAAUAUGAUGAAAUUGUUGAUUCUGAAACUGCAAAUAAAGGUUAUCAUUUAUUUGAAAAAAGAAUUAGUGGUAUGUUUUUAGGUGAAAUUUUACGAGUUAUAUUGAUUGAUUUAUUUAAGCAAGAUUUAAUUUUCACUGAUUUAUAUAAAGCAAGAGGUGGUUCAUUACCUCAUAGAUUAGCACAGCCAUGGCAAUUAGAUUCUGAAGUUUUAUCAUAUUUACAAAUUGAUGAUUCCACGGAUUUAAAAAUGUCUGAAUUAAUUUUACAAAAUACUUUAAGAUUGCCAACUACGAGAGAUGAAAGAGUUGUAAUACAAAGAUUAACUCAAGCAAUUUCAAAUAGAGCUGCAAAAUUAUCAGCAAUUCCAUUAGCAACAAUUGCAAAAAGAGUUAAAGAUCAAUAUAAAGAUGACGAUAAAGAUUUUGAAUUUGGUUGUGAUGGAUCAGUUGUUGAAUUUUAUCCUGGUUUUAGACAAGCUAUAUUAGAUUCUGUAAAUGUUAUAGAUCCAUUAAAAGGAACUAAUAAGAAAAUUCAUAUAAGAAUUAGUAAAGAUGGUUCAAGUGUUGGUGUUGCAGUUGUACCUGCAUUAGUAGAAGAAAUCCAAAAGAAUCCACAUAAUUUAUGA